CUCACUUAACCGUGUGUUUUGUUUAAACCGGCAUGAAUUGGUAUAAAGUGACUAUAAACCAAUUGUGUUACCAUUCGGAGACUUGUGAAACCGACAUUAACGAUAGAGACCAGUUCGACAACUUAAGCGGUUAAGCCACGUCUCCUAUUUUUAAUCAAUCAGCGUCAUGUAGAACGGAACCGUCCGGCAAAGCACUCUCUUUUCACGCUGCCCCCCUCCCUCCAAUUUUGCUUCGAACUCUGCUAACCAGUUAUGGCGGAGAAGGACUCAAAGCAGGCCAAAAUCAGCGACCACGAAGAACAAGUCGACCGAUUGAGCGCGCUACCGGACGAGAUUCUCCACCAAAUCCUCUAUCGUUUCGCCACCAAGUUCGCCGGCACAACCUCCGUCCUCUCCUCCCGAUGGCGGUCCCUGUGGAAGAGCGCCCCCUUCCUCAAUCUCGACUCCGACCCUUACCGCGGCAGCAAGUCUGGCAACUCCGAUUUCGAAAAUUUCGUCGGCACAGUCUUAUCCCUCCGAGACCGCGUCGCCGACGUCGACUCAUUCCGAUUCGUAUACGUCUUCCCUCUCCGGCGGCGGACCGACUGCGAUCCCUUGAACAGCGCAAUCGAUUACGCUGUUGCGCACAAGGUCAAGUACUGCUUACUAUACCUCCGCGCCGCCCAGGGUAACCUCUCUAUAUUCCCCCAAUCGAUUUUUCUCUGCAAAUCCCUAAAAAUUUUGCGCCUCCGCGGCGGGUACGGCGCAUUUAGGUUUAAACCUUCCAAAUUGGCCAAGGCGCUCAGUGCCUCCAACUUGAAGACGCUUUACCUUGAUUACUGCAAGUUCAAAGGGUGUCAGGGGAUGAACGUGAGAACGUUUCGAUCGAGAACAUUUGGCAGCAUACCCCUGAAACAGGGUUCAGGAUUGAGAUUUGUGCUCCAAAGCUGACUUCCCUGGUGUGGGCUAAUGUUCCAGCUGCCCUGUUCUCAAAGUUCGACCUUCCUUCUCUGAAUCGUUUGGAAAUUGGUGUGUAUAAUAGGGAGAAGCCACAGGAUUUGGUUCAUGUCUUAUCUUUGGGUCCUGCUAACGCUCAGCAUGUCAAGCUGUGUCAAACGACUACUGAGGUACCAAAAAUUCUUUCUUCUGCAUUGGCAUGGCAAUUGAUGAAUGAACUUUAUGAGAUUGUGCUUUGUGUACAUGGGAUGGAGGUGCUAUCAAUGUUUGAGUACAGAAAAUAGAAAGUUAGCAAUCUGAUGCAACGAUUUUGGUUAUUGUGAGCCCUGUUUGCCAUUCCCAUCCCAUAACCAUGUAAGACCCAAUCUGUCAAGCUGACUGCAUCAUGAACCACUAGGGCAAGUCUAUAUCUUCCCAAUAGCACAACAUGUUCAUCACGUAUACUAGUGAAAUCAUUUACUUGUCCAAUGUGAAAUACUAUGCUUAUGAGGUAUGGCAUGUGAAGAUGAAGUACGUUUCUGCGCAGUUGCACGAGCACUACUCUGAAUCUGGCAUAUGUAUGUGACUGUACUUCCUUUUGCCUCUAGGUUCUUAUCUCACCAGCUUCCAGUAAGUUGUUAACGGCGAGUCAACCUUCUCAAUUUAUUGGACUGAAGUUCUUGGAAGUUCACUACUUUUCUUAUUACCAUAACCCUCCAGUGGGACUUGCACCUCUAAUAGGUUACUUCUUUAAUGGAUCUGCUGCAGAAGAAGAAACACACGGUAUUUUCCCUCAACCAUCUUCUUCAUUUUGCCUUCAAAUAUUUCUGAGUUCCAUAUGCUUCCCCAAGUUUGCAGCCGUUAUAUGGCUGUCUUUGGCUCUUUGCCAUUCCUCCAUUAGAUUGGGCUGAAACGAUACUGUAACUUUGGGAUAUCUCCCUUCGAGCUGAAUGCCCACUUAUCACUGCUUGCAGGCUGAUUUUAUUGUCUAACAUAGGAAAAGCAACACGCCAACUUUCUUGAUGAAGUUAUAUGGUAAAUCUUUUAGUACUAGCUAUUAGUGUCGGUAAAACUUGGAGAACAUAAUGGUUACUUGUUUUAAUCGUAUAUAGCUCUGUUUGCUGCAGGUCCAAGGGGGAGCAGUAGUUGCCUUUUCCGCAGAAAAGUGUAGCGAACUCGAUCCUAACUCCUACCUUCUAACUGGUAUUAUGCAUUUUGGUAGCUCGGGCUGGGUAAUCUGUUGUGUGUUAUGGCUCGUGCGUACUAGGAAGGUUAUGCUUAGAUUUUGCACCUAUUAAGUGAGGUGCUUACAUGGUCUCGGAUUCUAGUAGUUUGUAACUUGGGUAUAUAAUCCUAACUCAGUUUAGAAGUAUGUGAUUAAGUGCCCAGAAUGGUGGGAGGGCCCGGAUAGUAUAACAACAUCCCUUGUGUUGUUAUAGUAACGUCAGGGGUAAAAAGGGAAAACUAACAGAAAUUAAUAAAUUACAAUUGAGAAC